UUAUCAAAAAGUUUAAUUAUUAAAAGUAGAAACAACAGGUUUAUAAUCCUCAAUAAAUUUAUAAAAUAGAAACAAAUUAGGGAUAGCAAGGCAAGCAACUAUCUAUCAUUUUAUAUUCUCAUCUCUAUAUAACCUUACUUUAUUAUAUCAGAUUUAAAGAUGGAUUUUUUCAAAAGUAUUUCAGAUAAGUAUGCCCAGUUUUGGAAAAAUAUUAUUGAACCAUAGAGGUAGUAGUAUUCAUUAUCAGAUUUGGGUUCAAAUGUUAGAAUAUUGCAUUCAAUUGCAGUUAUUAGAAAAGAUGUGCAGGUACUAAAUGAUAGAGGGGAAUAAUUAGAAUGCACCUACUUCCUUCCUGAUAAUAUGAUAAAAGAAAAAAAACUUCCUAUAGUAAUUUAUUUGCAUGGAAAUUCUGGAUCUAGAGUAGAAGCUGUUAGCACUCUUCAGCAUCUUAUUCCUACUUUUGGGCUUUUUUGCUUUGAUUUUUCAGGUUCAGGUAAAAGCUAGGGAAAGUAUGUAACUAUGGGGGUUAAUGAAUGCAGAGAUUUAGAGAGCAUUGUUCAAUAUGUUCAAAAUAAUCUAACUUAGAGUGAGAUUAUUAUUUGGGGAAGAAGUAUGGGUGCAGUAACUGGAAUUCUUUAUGCCCAAAAGAAUUAAUCAAAAAUAUAAGGACUUGUUUUGGAUAGUCCUUUCAGUGAUUUAAAGAAAGUCAUGUUAGAAAUUGCAUCAUCUAAAACGAAGAUUCCUUCUUUGAUAGUUGACGGUGUUAUUUCAUUGAUGAAGUCAUAAAUUUAGGAGGCUUUGAAUGGAGUUGAUAUAUUUAAUACUUAAAUUGAAGAAAAAAUUAAAAAUCUCUAAAUUCCAAUUUUGUUUGCUUAUGGUACUAAUGAUAAUAUAAUUUUGCCUUAUCACUCUUAAGUUCUUUAUAAGGCAUGUAGGUCUGAUGAUAAAUGUAUAAUUGAAUUCGAAGGAAAUCAUAAUACCAUUCGCCCUAAUUAGUUUUUCUAGAAAAUAGUUUAAUUUAUCCAAUUAAAUUGCAUAAGUAGACCAUAAAUUAAGCAGUUAAACUAAAUUACAACUGCAAACUAACCAGAUAUUAGUAACAAGAAUACCUAAUUAAACUCUUUCAACAUAAACAGUAAUAGUUUUUACAAUAAUUCUAAACCUAAUACACACUUACAGUCUCUUCCAAGCGAUGAUAAUGUAUAUGAAAAUAAAUAGAAUAACUAGCAAAAGUCUUAACAAUUUUACUAAAAUAUUAAAAAAUAAAUACCUUUUACACAAAAACAGUACUAAAAUUUAUCUAUUGAUUAAAAUAAUCAAAAGAAGGUAGAUCCAGAAUUUAACUAUCAGUUUAAUUAAAUAAAAAAUACUAGAGCUGUUGCAGGUCAUACUAAAUCAAACAGUUUAUCAGGAUAGAUUUAGUAGAGAGGCAUAUCUUUGAUAUCCUAUCAGUAAAAAAAUACAGAAUAAUAAAUAAAUGCCCAUUAAAUUUAAAUAAGAUAAGAUUCACUUUUCAAAGAUUCAUAAUAAUAAUAAUAGUAAAUAGAUAAAAAACUAGACUAGAAUCACUUCGAAAAUAAAAUGACACCAAAACCUGCAAGAAAGAAAAUAUUCUAAGAUGCAUAUUCAGAAAGAAAAUAAUCUAAAAAUCAUUAAUAAAAUCAAGGAUUAAACAUAUUUUAAUCUCAUAAUUAAUUUAAAGAAUAAAGCGAUAAAAUGAUUGACAAUACUGAAUAGUAUAUUUCAAACUAGUUAAACCUUCUACAGUAAAUAGCAAAUGAAAAUAUUAUAAUAUAAAAGCCUCCAAUCAGUAAUGCAUAUAAGAACUCUAAUUAAACUAAAUCACCUGUAAAUAACCUUGUUAGGAGUCCCAGCUCUUCUGCACUUUCUCCUACUGUUAAGCUUUAGAUACCAGAUUGUCAAUAGCAUAUUAAUUUUUCAAGAGGAACUAAUUUUUAAAAUGUAUAAAAUAGUUAACUAUAAAUUACUCCCUUUUUAGUAGAAAGCUAGAAUAUUUAAUAAGUACAUUCAAGCUAGGAAUUCAGAAAGAACAAUUUCUAAGAAAAAUAAUUCUGUUCACCUCAGUAAUAGUAAUAGCAAUAAUAACAAUAAGAACAAUAAUAAUAAUAAUAAUUUCCAGAGUAAGCUUCAAAAGUAAAAAAAUUUUCAAAUUAAUGUGGCAGACAGUAUUCUUUGGAUUUUGUAAAUAGUUCAAAUAAAGACAAUUUGAGUGAAAAAGCAAAAGAUCUUUAAGAGUAUUACUAAUAUGGAAUAGUCUACUAUCAUAAAAAUGACUCAAAAAAAGGAAUAACUUCAAAUUCUAAAAUAUCAUCUUAACUUUUACAAAAUACUAAUUCUACAAAUGAAAAUAUUAUCUAAGAUUAAUCUUAGCCUGUGGACAGAAAUUUUUAAUAGCUUGCUUAACCAAGUAUAAAUAAAUUUGAUAAUCAAAGCGAUUACUACACAUAGGCAAUACCUAAUUUUGGUAGUGCAUUUGAUUGGAAUAAUUCCUCAUUAGACGGAAACAACUUUUCAUACCUAAAUCCAACAAGAAAUCCAUUUUAAAAUCAAGAGAUUUAAUCACAACAAUAAUAAAAAAAUAAUUAGUAUCAAGAAAUAAUUAAAAGUUAAAAUAAUUGUGUGAAAUAAAAUAAUAAUUAGCAGUAAAGUGCAAAAGAAAUCUAAAUUUUAUAACAAUAAACACAAUUAUUUAAAUCUGAUAAUACAACAGAUCAUAGUAAUAAAUGUCAAUAAUAAGGAUAUUUGAUGCAAAAUAUAAACUCUCCAAGCAAGUUUGACAAGCACACAAUAAUUGAAAACUAGAUUAAUGUGUUAAGAGAAGCAGAAAAUUAAGAUAGAAUUCAAAGACUAAAUAGCAGAAGUAGAAAUGCUAGUAUCGCGAAUGAAGCCAUAAAAGUUACAAAUAGGAACUUUAAUUUAGAGAAUUCCAUUCCUAAGCAGUAGGAAUUGUUUAAAGAAAAUAAAAAUAUUCAAAUUAAUAUUCCAUAAUAAGGAGUUACCUAAAUCUAAUAGCAACAAUAUCAUUAAAACAGUCGUCACUAAUUUAAUUUAGUAUUAUCAUAGUAGUAACCUAAUAUUAACAACCAAGUAAUAUAAAAAGAUAGACAAACAUUAAGUCCUUUGAAUAGAAAUUUCGUUCCUAAUAUAUCGAAUGUGAUAAGCUCUACAAUCUAUAACUCCUCUUAAGGAUAAAAAAACGCAUAAAAUUAUACAUAGAAAAUAGUUUAAUCAUAAAAUAAUAUUCUACCUCCCUACUCUCCAGUUCGUGUUGUUUUGAGCCAUCCUACGAAUUAAAAUAACGAAAACUUACAAAGAAGAUACAGUGGAGUGGAAAACGUUGAAAAAGUUUAAUUUGUGUCUGUAUUCACAUAAAAUUUACAAAAUAGAACGCAAAGAGGAGAAUAUGAUUUGCACUAAAAGAGCCAAAGAACAUAAGUAAAAUACUCUGAAUAAUAUCCAUAAAUAUAAAUAGUUAAUUAGCCUUAGUAGCAAUAAUCUCUUUAUCAUAAAGUAUUAGGGGAGUUGUAAACAAAUUAAAUAAACCAAAUAAGUGACCUUAAUCAAGGAAAUUUACAAUAGAAAGCUAAAGAAAUAAACUACAGCAAUAAAUAAUAUGGUAUUAGUAAUAAGUUACCUUAUGAAUCUGUUUCAAUAAAUCAAUAAAUUUAAACUACUUAUGAGGCCUCUGACAAGUAAAAGUACCCAAAUUUAGAUACUUAAUUACCAAUAUCACAUUAAUAACAGAGCUAACCAAAAUAAAUUUAGCUUCACACAAACCAUAGUAAUGAUGAUGCAAUCUAAUAUAUUGAUUGA